CUGAAACAGUAUCACGGCGAUGGAACUUGCAAUGCCCUGCCCAAGUGGGAGCCGUCGUUCAAUGCCGUAGAUGGAAGUACUUCAGAUGACUGCACCACCUUCCCUGAUUACGGUGAACCAGGACUGGGUUACGGCGCUAAGUUUGGAAGUGGCGAGCACGGCAGCCCUCUUCCUCCCUACGCAACCUCAUAAGCAAGAAUGGUGGUUGAAGUUGUGAAUUUAGAUGAAAAUCGAUUUCAAGUAAUGAAGAAAUUGGACC